UAGUAAACCGUCUCCGGUUAUUUAUUGACUACAGUUCGUUUAUUUCUUAGGUCAUGAAGCGUCAGGAACAGUACUAAAAGUAGGGAAAAAUGUAAAAAAUUUGAAACCAGGCGAUAGAGUUGCUAUCGAGCCAGGCGUAUCCUGUCGUAUUUGUACGUUCUGUAAAGAGGGAAGAUACAACCUAUGUCCCGAAAUGGUAUUUUGUGCGACACCCCCUGUAGACGGUAAUCUCGCGCGGUAUUACGUUCACGAUGCUGAUUUUCUUUUCAAAUUGCCAAGUCACGUUUCGUUAGAAGAGGGUGCUAUUUUGGAGCCGUUGUCCGUAGGAGUUCAUGCCUGUAAACGGGGGGGUGUACAAUUCGGUUCGACUGUUUUUAUAUCGGGGGCCGGACCCAUUGGACUUGUUAGUUUGUUAGCAGCGAAAGCUUUUGGAGCUACCAAAGUUGCUAUAACAGAUCUGGUCGAGUCGCGUUUGGAAGUUGCUAAAAAGUUGGGGGCCGAUUAUACGAUUCUUUUAAAACGGGGCGAAUCGGAAGAAUCACUUUUGAAUAGAAUUAGGGAAGCUUUAGGGGACUUGGCAACCGUUUCUUUAGAUUGCAGCGGAGUUGAGCAGUCUGUACGAAUAGCAAUUCAGGCAACGCGCUCGGGUGGUACGGCUGUAUUGGUAGGUUUAGGUGGAAAAGAAAAUUUGUCGCUACCCCUAUCAGGAACCCUCGUCCGGGAAGUUGACAUUAGGGGAGUUUUUCGUUACGUCAAUGAUUACCAGACCUCUUUGGAUUUAAUCGCUACUGGGAAAAUAAAUGUGAAACCUCUUAUAACGCACAAUUACACGAUGGAAGACACCGUUAAGGCAUUCGAAACGUCUAAAACCGGGGCUGGGAAUGCCAUUAAAGUUCUUAUUCAUGCAAAUCCUGACUGGAAACCUUGAUUAAUAUUAAUUACAUACUUAUUUUACUUUCACUACUUUCUGUUUUGUUUAUUGUGGUAUACAAAUGUAUAUAAAUAAAAAAAUGUUUCGAUUUUUUC